AUGCGCCCUGGCAGCUCGGAACAAGCGCCCUCAAACCGUACACGUGCGGUCAAAGCAUGCAAACGUUGCAAUCAGAAACGAAUCAAGUGUGACGCCUUUGAGUGCGGAACUCCUUGCUCCAAAUGUCGACAGAGUAACAGCGAGGAAUGCGUCCUGAUACAGUCCAGGCGAGGCACGCAUCCUCGCAAAAGGUCCAAGCCAAAUCCCCCUGCAUCAGAGGUCACAGCAGCCUCUGUUGGGGUUGAUGCUGACAGGAGCGCCGACGCCACCGCCACGCCCGCAGUAUCAGAAGCGACAGCACAUCCUCCCCUUAGCGACCCGAAUCCUGCGGACGGGUCGCCGCUCCUCCAACAAGCAGGUCAAAGCGUCCGUGUCGACAGUCAAGCUCCCGCCACUGUCCCAAAUGGUUUCCCAGUGUCGGCUUCCACUAGUUCCAGCACAGACCUGGCCUCUCCAGAAGCAGCAUUCUCGGAGACCAGCGCGAAGUCUUAUCGCGAAAUAUCUUGGGCCGCUAUGUUCGACCAUUUUCUGGACGGACGACGACGGGACCAAAAGGACACGAUAGACAAAUGUUCGAUCACCUACCUGGGAGAAUCCUUCCCAUUGGCCAUGGUGCUCGAGGAAUUCAAAGAAGGGGGACGACCGCGCCUCCAUCAUGCUGGGCCACCGCUCACAGACGACGAGGCGAGGGCUGAACCUACGAGUGAAAAUCACCCCUCACAUAUGCUCCCAGAGGAUAUCGCCUUUCUUCAAGCCAAAGAUGCCUUUGUCGCUCCUUCUCAGGAACUUCUCGAUGCUUUGAUCGCAAAUUUUCUCGACCGAGUAUGGCCUAUCUAUCCCGUAGUCAAUCGGCAAGAGUUUCUUCAACAGUAUAAAGCCAAGAAGGUUCCGUGGAUUCUAUUGCAUGCGCUGUGUUUCAUCUCGGCAACUUUUUGUCCCCUCGCCAUCUUGCAUCGUGCUGGGUUUACGGGACGAAAGCAAGCCAGAGUCUCGUAUUAUCGAAAGGCCAAAGCGUUGUUUGACACCGGCUACGAAUCCAAUAAGAUCACUAUUCUACAGAGCGUCAUUGUCCUGACGUGCUGGGGUGGAGGACCCAACAAUUACUGGAACUUUUAUAGUUGGAUCUCUACCGGGGUCACGAUUGCAGAAGCCCUAGGUAUUCACCGAUCCACUGCGGGAGCGAACAUGCAUCCUCAUGACCGGAGUCUCCUGAAAAGACUCUGGUGGAUUCUGGUCAUUCGAGAUGCUUCAUGUGGCACUCUUGUCGGCCGGCCCUUCCGCAUCAACACCAAUCACGCCGACACCGAGAUGCUGACGGUCGAAGACUUCGAGUAUGACAUUCAAAGCCCGGAUUUUGUCAACCAUCCUCUCCGCGACGUCUGCGGUCUGUAUCAGAUUCAUAUGUCCAAGCUAUCUCUCAUCUUGAGAGAGAUCAUCUCGACGAGAUUCGAUCCUAAUCGCGCCCAGGCUCGAAUGGCCAAUCUCCACGACACCUUACAAGAAUGGCAUAAUGCGCUGCCGCCCACUUUACGCUGCUCGGAGAAUGACAAGGCUUCGAAUCCGUUUGCUACUUGUCUCGCCAUACUCUACGACCACCACUUGAUCCUGAGUCACCUGGGCCGGCCCGCAACAGGAGCGACGUCCACGACCACCGACAACGGAUCCCUAGGCGGAGGUUUCCCCUCGCGCCCAAUUACCGAGGUGGCCGCCCAGCGCAUCUCGUCCCUGGCUUGCACGUUUACACGUAAAAAUGAAUCUCUUGUCAUGCCGCACGAGGUCUUCCAAGGUCUCUUUGUCGCGCAAGCCGUCUUUUACGCCCAAAUGAAGAGCCCGCAACCUCUGGUGUCUCAACUCGGGUUUCAGGCUCUGAAUAGCUGUCAGAUGGUCUGGCACGACAUUUACGAAGCGUGGGACCCUGCGCCCUGGAUCUCCAAGCUAUUUGACAACUUGAUCGGAAAUAGAAAUCAAGAUAUAGAGUCGAACGAAGGUGAUCGACAGAAUAGUAACGUGUCUGGAAAUGGGGCCCCUUCCAUAGGAAACGGCAUGGACCUGGACGGAAUCAAUGGUUAUGUUAGCUGGCAGAACCACCCGACUCUGGGUUUCUUCGACAUGUCGCAGGGUGAGGAGACGUUUCCGUCGUCGACAGACUAUGCCAUGUUCCCCAAUUACUUUGGGACCACAGAGCCAAUAUCCUUUCUAUCUUGA